UCUCGCUUUUGCUGAGAUUGCAGACUAGAAUUGAAAAGGGUCCAGAAGUCAAAUGGAAGCUGAGAAUCAAUUCCUUGGCAAUCUGAACUCCGCCGAGAGGUUUUUCCGGCGCCUCUCUACACCCCAUAGCGUUCAACUUGUAUCCCUGUAUAUCCCUAUCAUUCCGAUCGCAGGUGCUCCUGAGCAGUACCGAAGCUCCCACCAUCUGAGGCUUCAUACGUAAAAAUGUAUCCGCCUAGAAAACGCCAAAAAGUAUCAUCUGCAUGUCAGAGAUGCCGUCAGCGCAAGCUUGGUUGUGAUCAGCAACGCCCUUGCCAGCUAUGUGUACGGGCUGGUGCAGCGUGCAUAUCGCGUGGAGGUUCAAGUCCCGCAGGGGUGGUGGCGUCUGUGGAAGAACCCGGAGAUUCUCCCGGAAGGCGUGAAGGUGACAUCCACAAUGACCGUCUUGAGACCGUGAUCCUCCCAGAGUCGAACAUCGUGGAUUUGAGUUGUCAGAUGCUACGAGGCCAAGGAAAACGACGUGGCCUGUCCCAUGAUACUUCAGCGCUGCCAGGAGGCAUGAAUUCCGCUGUUUCUGUCGCCACACGCUCGAUUUCAUGGCGGGAUUUAGUAGGAUUGCCUUUACCGCCGAAGACGGUACUUGACACAUUUAUGGCUCUUUUCUUUGACUCUGUUGAUUGGUUUAUGAUGAUGUUCCACGAGGAAAGCUUUCGACAACGGUACGAAAACUUGAUGGCCUCCACUAUAAUCCCGGAAGGGGAGAACAGUAAUUUCUUGUGGCUUGUACGGUUGGUGCUUGGCCUCGGAGCCUACUACGGGUCGCUGGACGCUCUGGGUGCCGAUGCAGAUAGUAUGAAACAGCUUUCGCAGGAUCUGCUGAUGCAAAUCGAACAAAAUAUCUUGGCCAUUAUUGAUUUGCCAAGUCUGGAGACAGUACAAAUAUGCGUGUUGUUGGGGAGCUUUCAUCUUUUCAAUGGCCGCCCCAAUGCCGGUCUAAUGACUCUGACGGGUGGACUCAAAACCGCGCAAGUCAUCGGGCUCCAUCGCGAGUUAAAGUGGCGGGGGCUUUCGGACGUUGCACGCGAGACUCGGCGGCGCUCAUGGUGGGCAUUGGAAGUUGCAGACAAAUACGCGGCUGUGGCCUUUGGACGACCAUGCACAGUGGAUGAUUCCAACUGCGAGGUUGCGUCUAUUAGCGAUAUCAAAAUAUAUGGCCAUGAAGAAACCCGACAAGGGCCAUCGUUGGAAUACCAUCAGUGGAAGUUCAAACUUUACCGCAUCGUGGGUCCGCUCUUGAGCCGAAGACUCCAAGCUAAUCGGCUGGAGAGUCUCACUGCUAUUCAUACUCAACUCUCCUCCUGGAAGAACGAGCUACCUGAUAAACUCCGGCUGGAAACAUACAAAGAUGACCCUAAGAGCGAAUCACGAAUACCUGAAAUGCAGGCAUUGGUUCUCCAAUUGACCUAUGAUAAUCUCCAAAUUAUUCUCCACCGCAGCGCUGCAUUUGGUUACAACGAACGCGGAUUCCAUUCAAACAGUGGCGCGACCCCGCACAACUCUUCCCGAGAGCAACUGCUGGAGUCCGCAUUAAGAACCUCUAAAUUGCAUCAGCAUGCUCAACUUCUACAAUCAUGCCGCAAGACACACGCUGUGAUGCACAUUGGGAUCUGCCUGUUCACAGCUGGUGUCGUCCUCUGUGCGAUUGCACUAGCGCAGCCUCUGUCAGUAGCCAGUCAGAAGGCAAAAGAAGGCGUUAUGCGUAUCCUACGCUUGCAAGAAGACAGUGUAUCCUCCCAGCAUCUUCUUUCUAUCCAGAGUGUCCAGAUCUUGCGGGAUCUAGUGACUGUCGUUAUGCGCUCCGAAGAAAGGGUUAUAUUGGGCCACGGUUCGAGUUCUAUACCUGAGAGACCUGGUGGUGACCAUUCGACCUUACCAAUAUCGCAAGCCGAUUCUAUAAUCAUGGAUCAGGCGUUACUUGAUGAUACAGGUGCAGCCCAGCCAUCUUCAAAUCCGGGUGCGCUCAAUUCUCUGCAACAAGUCUUCAGACAACAUCUAGACCAGUCUCUCCCUGUAGUUGAUCCCUCGGGCUUAAUAGGCCCCAGUGGUGCACAAGAUCCUGUGGAAACGCAACAAUCAAACCCAUCAGCAAUGUUCUCAUGGGAUGGGAAUGUAUCCGCCCUAGUUGAUGCUGGACUUGUGGAUGCAAGCCAGAUGUGGUUGUGGUCAGAUAAUCUGGAGUAUCAAUCGUUCUCAGAACUGGGCAACAUGUUCCCUUGACACAACACGUGGUUUCCCGCCGCGUAGAGACCAAGCGUGACG